CACAAGUUUUUUCCAUCUGCAUGUACGGAUCAAAGUGUUCAAAGUAUGUCGUGGCGUUCGUCUUUCCGCUGCUCCAAGUUUCGUCACGUCCUGGGAAAGCCGGCCACCAAGGAGCACAGCUACGACGGGGUGCCGAUCGCCCGCAGCGUCCACGACAACCACUACUGCUCGGCCAAUCCCUGCUUCAUCGCCGUGGUGACCGAGUGCGCCGGGGGCGGGUCCUUCUUAGUCCUGCCCAUCCACCAUACAGGGAGGGUGGAUCCUCAGCACCCGAGGGUGUGUGGUCACAGUGGGAGGGUCCUGGACGUCAAGUGGGAUCCGUUUGACGAUCACUGCAUCGCCUCGUGCUCAGAGGACUGUACUGUGAAGAUCUGGGACAUCCCGGUCUGCGGUGUCCAACAGAACUUAACCAAGGCCAGGAAGACUCUGAUUGGUCACUCCAGGAGGGUGGGGCUCAUCGAGUGGCACCCAACAGCUGAAAACCUGUUGCUUAGCUCCGCCUACGACUACAAGGUCCUCCUCUGGGACGUGUCCCAGGUAGGUGCUGUAAUCAGGUUCCCGGUCCGGGUGGUUCUGAUGCCCGUCCACCACCGCUACCCGUCCGAGACGCUGCUGCUCUCCGUCAGCUUCAACAGUGAUGGCAGCAGACUGGCGGUCUCGUCCAAAGACAGACGGGUUCGAGUCCUGGACCCGCGGACAGGAAAGAUUUUACAGGUGUCCGGCAGUAAGUCCCACAGGGCCAGUAAGGUUUUAUACAUCGGAGGGCUGAAGAUGCUUCUGUCCACGGGCAGCUCACCCUGGAACCACAGACAGAUCGUCCUCUGGGACCCUGACGACUUAUCCGAGCCUCUGUACGAAGAAGAUUUGGACGGGUCCGCGGGAGUUCUCUUCCCGUUCUACGACCCAGACACACACAUGCUCUACUUGGCUGGAAAGGGUGACGGGAACAUCCGGUACUACGAGCUGAGCGCUGAGAAACCUUACAUUAGCUUCCUGACAGAGUACAGGUCCCUGCUGCCACAGAAAGGACUCGGAGUGAUGCCAAAGCGUGGCCUGGACGUGAGCGCCUGCGAGGUUUUCCGGUUUUAUCGCCUGAUUGCUGUCAAAGACCUGGUGGAGCCGCUGUCGAUGAUCGUACCACGAAAAGAGUCGGAUAUUUUCCAAGAGGAUCUGUACCCGAUGACAGCUGGAAACCAGGCGGCAUUGACGGCUCAGGAGUGGCUGGCAGGGAUCAACAGGGGCCCAGUGCUGAUGUCCCUGAAGCCUGGGCCUCGAGUAGCCAACCCUUACCCAGAAACCCCAGCCGAGAAGGGGCCGGUGGGGCAGCUGAGCAACCUCAGGUUCCAGAUGGGCCCGGCUGUAGGUGCAGUGACUGGGACAAACUUGGACUUUAUGGAAGAGGCCUUCCUCGAGGAGCAGCUGGCCUACCAGGACGCCAAAUACCCCAGAGAUCUGAGCGAUCUGUCCGGGUGGCAGCCGGAUGAGACCCAGAUCCCGCUGUGGACGUACUGCUCCACUCCACACUGCUGCGAACCUGCGGAGAGGCCGCCGCCGACCACCGAAAGCGAGCUCCUGCAGGCGUUUUACAGACAGCAAGACCAGAUAAGAGGCCUGAAGGAACAACUUAAUCAGAAAGAUGCGAGGAUCGCUCAACUGGAGCUGGAGAUCAAAAACACCAGAAACAACAUGAGGGCGACCUUCUGAUUCAACCAACCAAAUCUCACGCGGCCGUUUCUUCGGUGAACCAAUCAAAAUGCUCAAAAAUUUCCAACCAGUAAAAGACAAACACACACACACAGGCUGUUUUUUUUUUUUUACAUGGUGUUUGCAUUGUGUUAACACUUUUAGCUUCUGUCAGGUAAAUUCUGCCUCGAGUCUAAUUUCGUGUAUUAAUGACUGUUAAUACUCGUAACUUCUGGCAAAAUGUAAUUUAGACCAUACAGACCAAUAAAUGAGCAGGUGGUUAAUUGUUAACGGUCAAUCCUCAUGUUCUUGACUCUGGGAUGUAUUAAAAUGUAUUAAAACCAAAAAUACACAAACCACACAAACAAGUAAUUUAAGAUAAUUUAAGACUAGUUUUGGAAUUUGUUGAGCUUAGUGAAGUCUUGAUGGAUGAACACCUGUUAAUUCCUUUUACCACAGACAUUUCCAGUUUUUUAGCCCCUUUGCUGUAGGACUGCCACUGUCAGUUGGUCCAGACCUAAGAAUUUUAACUACUAGAUGGAU